AUGUCCAGAGGAGGGGAGAUGGUUUAUAUCCCGGAUGACUCCGACUUCAGCUCCUUCAGGGAUCAGUGCGAGAGCCUGGAGGGCUGGCACUGUCGGUACAACAAGGCUGGCGUGACCGUGUGGAGUCAGGGCCAGGAGGAAAGCUGCACCGUGCAGAAAAUCAAGACCCGCAUCUCCUGCAAGGACGUUCCUGCCGAGACCCUCUAUGACGUGCUGCACGACACCCGCUACCGCAAGAAGUGGGACUCCAACAUGAUCGAGACCUACGACAUCGGCCGCCUCACCGUCAACGCUGAUGUUGGAUACUACUCCUGGAAGUGCCCGAGCCCCUUGAAGAACCGGGAUUUCGUCACGCUGCGCUCCUGGCUGCCCCUGGGCAAUGACUACAUGAUCAUCAACUACAGCGUCAAGCACCCGAAAUACCCGCCGAGGAAGGAUUUCGUGAGGGCCGUGUCCCUGCAGACCGGGUACCUGAUCAAGGCCAACGGGGACGGUGCCUGCAUCCUCUAUUACCUCACCCAGGUGGACCCUCGCGGGUCGCUGCCAAAGUGGGUGGUGAACCGCGUGUCCCAGUUUGUGGCACCGAAGGCGAUGAAGAAGAUCUACAAGGCUGGGCUGAAGUACCCGGAGUGGAAGCGCCGGCACGACCCCGAGUACAAGCCCUGGGUGUACCCCGAGCAGAACACGCUGCCCAGCGUCAGCCUGGCCGAGCUCUCCGUGCAGCACGCGGAUUCCCUGGAAAACAUCGACGAGACCGGGCUGCCUGAGGAGCACCUGAGCACCAGCGACCACGAGGCCUGA